GAGCCCAAGUUCAUUCUCUAGAGCAUCAGCUCCCACCCCCACCCUUCCCUCUUUCAGCUGAUUGACAGAAAGUCUGGCCACUUCGGACAGCUCCUUCCUUUAAGCCUUGGGGAAGGUGGGUCGGGACGGGUCAGGUGCAGUGCCGAGCGUCCGGAAACCAGCAGAUUUUUUUUGGAAAAUGGAUUCAAAAUUCUGCCUUGUGUUUUUCACACUCUCUGCAUUAACAUUUUCAAUCACAUUUUCUCACCAACAAGAUGAGCAGAAAGUUCUGCUUGUUUCUUUCGAUGGAUUCCGUUGGGAUUACAUCUACAGAGUCCCCACACCCCAUUUUGAUUUCAUCAUGGAGCAUGGUGUUCAUGUCAAGAAAGUUACUAAUGUUUUUGUUACAACUACUUAUCCUAAUCACUACACUUUGGUGACUGGUCUUUACCCAGAGAGUCAUGGCAUAAUUGCCAAUGACAUGUAUGAUUCUAUCUGGAAUGAAACCUUCUCCUUGGAAGACAUGAAGAUCUAUGAUUCAGAAUUUUGGGAAGAGGCAGUUCCAAUAUGGAUUACAAAUCAAAGAGCCGGCCAUGACACUGGUGCUGCAAUGUGGCCUGGAACGGAUGUAAAAAUACACGAAGAAUUUCCUACUUAUUAUAUGCCUUACAAUGAGUCUGUUUCAUUUGAAGACAGAGUGGCAAGACUUAUUGAAUGGUUUAAAUUAAAGAAACCUAUAAAUCUUGCUCUUCUUUACUGGGAGGAUCCCGAUGAGAUGGGCCAUAAUCUAGGUCCUGACAAUCCACUCAUGGACUCUGUCAUUUCUGAUAUUGACAGUAAGUUAGGAUACCUGAUCAAAGAGCUGAUGAAAGAAAAGUUGUGGAAUACCUUGAACUUAAUUAUCACAAGUGAUCAUGGGAUGACACAGUGUUCUGGGGAAAAGAUCAUAGAACUUGACCGAUAUGUUGAUCCAAAUGACUAUUUUCUGAUAGACCAUUCACCAGUUAGAGCCAUUUUGCCAAAAAAAGGUAAAUUUGAUAAGAUUUAUGCAGCACUGAGUAAUGCUCAUCCUAACCUGACUGUUUACAAAAAGGAAGACAUUCCAGAAAGAUUUCAUUACAAGCACCAUCAUAGAGUUCAACCCAUCUUGAUAAUGGCUGACAAAGGAUGGACCAUUAUACAGAAUAGAUCCAAUUCAUUCAUGUUAGGUAAUCAUGGUUAUGACAAUGAAUUUUCUGAUAUGCAUCCAUUGUUCUUGGCCCAUGGUCCUGCUUUCAAGAAGAAUGUUUCAAAGGACUCCAUGAACUCAACAGACCUGUACCCGCUGCUGUGCCAUAUUCUUGACAUUCCUCCAAUGCCACACAAUGGAUCACUGGCAAAUAUAGAGGAACUGCUUUCUGAAACAGUCCCCACAGUGAUUCCACAUAGUAUGAAGACUCCACAGAGCAAUGAGAACCGAAGGAUUUAUAAGCUGCAGUCAUAUGCAUACUUUGUGGGAGUCUUCCUUGGUAGCAUGAUAGUGAUUGUGUUUCUUCUAGUAUUUGUUAAACAUUUAACUCACAGCCAAAUGCCCACCAUACAAGAGCGGAAUGCUGAAAUAGCUCAGCCAUUGCUAUGGUCUUAAGAUUGCUUAAGAAUGGAGAUUUUUGUAGUUAAUUGUUUGUUGUUAAAAAAAAAAGUGUGAUUCCAGGAAACCAACUUCAGAAUUUGCAUAGAAAGAACAUACAGUGCUUUCACACACUCACGCACACACACAUACACACACACGUACAGCACAUAUGUACCACAUACAUACAUACAUACAUGCAUACACACACGUGCAUCACAUAUGUACCACAUACAUACACACACACACAAACUUAGACGAAAGUUCACAGUGCCGUUUACCUGCAUGAGAUUAAAAAUAUAACUAAGAGCAUGUCUUAACUUUACUCUUUAACCUUGGAGGAGAUUAAUAUCCAAUGUUAGAUGAACUGGAGACAUCUUAGACAUGUGGUGACUUUUAAUCCUUAUAGAUACCUCACUUUCGAUUACUCUUAAAAGAAAAUGAGUUUUAUUUUUAAAAAUAUAAAUUUUAAAAAUUUCAAUGCACUUUAUAGACUGCUGAGUCCUAACAUUUAGUGAACUGAUAAAAGAGAACUCUUCGUGCCGCUCCCUAGUAGACACUGCAUUUUCCCUGUUAUAAGAAGGGGGUGUGAUUCUUUGCCUCUAAGAGAGAUGCAGAGGUUGCUUCAUAACCAUGUAAUACAUCUCCUUAAAAGUAAGGGGACAUAUGUUAAGUGAAAACUGUCCUCGGCUAAUUAGGCCUACUUUAUACCAUGAAUGCACCUCAUCACAGGCUCUCUAAAGCAUAUGAUUCUCAUUACACUUUUAGACAACGCUUCAUAUGAAAGAGUAGCCAGAAAGUUUACUUUAAAAGCAUCUCUUUCUACUAUGAACUACUUUUAAUCAUUUUCCAUUUAACAGUCUCACUCUGAUUACCUUCACAAUUCCAACGUCAAGUUCAUUGUAGUCUCUGUUAUUAACUGAAAUAUAUAGAUAAGCUAAGGGGAACUUAGUAUUCUGGAGUUCCGGCUCUUUGAUGUUAUUCUUGGAGUAUCUGAUUCUUUUAAAAAAUAUUACUAUUAACUAUAUAAAACCUAAUAAGGCGAAAGUAGGACCUUUCUCUUCCUAAAAUGGGAUACAACCUAUACAAGCACCUUUCAUAUAGGCAUUUACACAACCAGUAUACAAAGUAUAUAAUUAGUAGAGUUAUGCUGUACUAUUGCUAUGCUUAGAGGCAGGGUGGCAUAGUGGAUAGUGAGCUGGCCUUGGAGCCCCAAAAGCCUGGAUUCAAGAUCUGCUCCUGAUGUGUACUGGCUGGGUGACCCAAGGCAACUCACUAAACCUCUCAGUCACUUUUUUUUUGGCCAACUUAAUAACUCUUAAAAAACUUAAGUAAAAAUAAUACAAUGACCUCAUCUGAAAAUACAUGCAACAUUUUACACCUGUGUCGUCCUUCCACUCUAAAAAAAAAAAACUAGAAACUUAUUUUUUCUCCUUCUCAUCUCUAACUCAUUAAAAAAAGGAAUUUUCUUCUAACAAAUAUGCUUACUCAAGCAAAACAAAUCCCUUCAAUAGCUAUGUACAAAAAUAUAUCUAUGAAUCAUUCUGCACCCCACAAGUUAUCAGCUUUCUUUAAUGGAUGGUGAAUUUCACUGUUGGUCUUCUGAAAUCAUGAACAGUCAUUGUAAGGAUCAUAGCUCUUACAGCUUAUGAAGGUGCCUGUUUUUAGAAUUGUUGUCAUGGUAGAAUAAUGAUUCUCUUGGUUUUGCUCAUUUCAUCCUCCAGUAGCUUAGAAAAGUUCUCAAAAUUGUUCACUCUCCAAGAUCAUAAAUUGUGGAGAAGUUGCCUACCUGCAAUGCUUGAGGCUUGAGUUCCUUUAUUAGAUAGUUCCUUUUAUCAGAGAAAUCAUGGGUCUGGUUUCUAUCCCCUAACACUACAAUCAGUAUUGAUCAAAUAUCUUUCUUUAUAAGACCCUAAAAACAAACCAAAAAAGCAGCCUUAUGAAGAGGGAAGUAUUGUCUUAAAGACCACUCAGAAUACAUGUUAAAGUGAUAGGCACACAUGAGUCAGUAACUGGCAAGAAUUGAGUCUGGGCUUAGGGUUAUAUGCUCAAUAAAUACUUGCUUGAGAUAAAUGGACCAGCAAUUUAAAGUUUUUAAAGAACAUGCAACUUUUAAGUGUCUUUGAAACGUAGAGGGGCUGGGAUUAUGUAUUUCAUUUAAUCAAGACAUUAAAUGAACUCCUGCAGUAUAUUUAAGGUAUUUUGCUAGGUGCUGGGGAGGGAGAGGGUCAUAGGUGAUACAGUCUAAGGAAUAAGUAUCUUUUUAUUCCCAUUUAGUACUUUCGAUGUGCCAAAUGUCAUCCUAGCCCCUCUCAUUCCCAACUAUAUCUUAGCACAAAAAUAUACUCUGAGGCAUUUCUUCAAGGGCUCAAACGGCUUCUCAGAGGGAAGAGUGAAUAUUAGGAAAGAAAGGGUUUUUUUUUCCUCUUAUCUUAAAUAAUGGAAAAUUAUGUCAUUUCUCUUAGUAGAUAAAUUCUCUAAGGUAGGUCAGAAAUGUAGCCCAUAGAAUGUCUUUACAUAUAACUUGAUACCUAUUUGUACUAUUAAUUAACAAAAUCAUCUGCUGUGAUUAAGUAUUCAAGAAUUGUAAGAAAUAUGAUAUUUAAAAAAAUUACAUAGCAUAUGACUAUAACUGCACUUUAAUGCAUUCUAAAAGAAUGUGAACAGAUCAUUUGUUAGGUAAUAGUAUUACUAAUGCUUAUUAACACCUGAGUUGUUUUACAUAAUAAAUGAGUGCUGGUCCCUAGACUGAAUACCUGUUUAUAAGCUUCUUUAAGCUGUGAAACAUGAUACUGAUAUUUAAUGUCAAGAAGCGUAGAACCUGAGUCUGCCAUCUCAGAAAAUGUAUGCGUCAAUGUCGACUUGCCAUUUUUCAACUUUCCUGUAAUGUUGAGAUGUUGCUAUGUGGAUGAUACAAUUGGAAUGUGAUGGCUUUGAGGGUAAAAUGCCCAAGGUUUUAUUUUCUCCUGUAAAUUCAUCAUGAAGUCAGUUUUUCCCCCAUUCUAGAAGUUGCUAAUACUGUAAACAGUAAGGUGUAACAAAAAUUAUUUAAUAAUAAAGAAAAAAUCAACCUUGUAAUAAUGCUAUUAAAAUUAAGAUUCUCAUAUGCA